AUGACAAUGAAGAAGAAGAUGCUCUCCCUCGCCUGCUUCCUCCUCGUUUCAUUAACCGCCGCCCAAACUCCUCCCCCGGCCCCAAUACUGGACACCUCGGGACAAGAGCUGGUCACGGGCGUCCAAUACCGCAUCAGGUCCUCCACCUGGGGCGCCGGCGAAGGCGACAUCAACGUCGACCCCCUCCAGCUCAACUCCUCCUGCCCUCUCGACCUCAUCCUGGGCUGGCGCAUAUUCGCCGGGCCAGGCCUCCCCGUGACCUUCCACCUACCAGACGUGUCGGAAGCCGGGCAUCCCGUCCGCACCUCGACCGAGAUCAGCAUACAGUUCCCGACCCUCUCCACGGACACGGCGUGCAACGACGGCGGCUUCUGGGCCGUCCGAUUCGACUCGUUCCUCCGGGGCUUCGGCGUCACGACGGGGGGAAGUGUCGGGGCCGGGGACAGCCUGUUCACGAUCGAGUCAGCCGGGGGAUCACUCGUCCAUAGGCUCGCAUACUGCCCAAGGAUUUCGACCACGCGCGUGUGUGGGCCACUGACCAUUUCGUUCCACGGCCGCUUGAGCGUGGCCCUGCCGGAGGCACACGGCGUGCUCAGUGCGGUGUUCGAGAGAGUUGAUGAAGAUGAUGACAAAGGCAUGAUCAAGAUGAGUACUGAGAAAUUAAAGUGA